CUGCGGCGCAACGCGGCCGAGGGGGCUUGCGGAGCGAGCGGCGGGCGGGCGCGCAGUCUGCGGCGCCGAGCCGAGCUCGGCACGUCGCAUUACAGCCAAGUCAGCGGCGCAAUCAUGGGGCGGCCGAGGGCCCGCACAGUACUCUAAGAUUGAUUUCUAAAGAUAUGAUUUUCACCCCACUUCAUCAACACCCAUAAGUUUUCUCCUUUUUGGACCCCUAUUUCAUACCACAAUGCAGCAAGCUUUAGAACUAGCUUUGGAUCGUGCAGAGUAUGUCAUUGAAAGUGCCCGACAGAGACCUCCUAAAAGGAAAUAUCUAUCUAGUGGAAGAAAAUCUAUAUUUCAAAAACUUUAUGACUUGUAUAUCGAAGAAUGCGAAAAAGAGCCUGAGGUUAAGCAGAAAUUAAGAAGAAAUGUGAACUUGUUAGAGAAGCUUGUUAUGCAAGAGACAUUGUCAUGUUUAGUGGUCAACCUAUACCCAGGAAAUGAGGGAUAUUCUCUGAUGCUCAGGGGGAAAAAUGGAUCAGAUUCUGAGACCAUUCGACUGCCUUAUGAAGAAGGGGAAUUGCUUGAAUACUUAGAUGCAGAGGAAUUACCUCCUAUUUUGGUUGACCUCCUGGAAAAAUCUCAGGUUAAUAUUUUUCAUUGUGGAUGCGUCAUAGCAGAAAUACGUGACUACAGGCAGUCCAGUAAUAUGAAAUCUCCUGGUUACCAAAGUAGGCACAUUCUCUUACGUCCAACGAUGCAGACUUUAAUCUGUGAUGUACAUUCAAUAACAAGUGAUAACCAUAAAUGGACCCAGGAAGACAAACUUUUGCUUGAGAGCCAGCUGAUUCUGGCUACGGCAGAACCACUGUGUCUUGAUCCUUCUAUAGCUGUAACCUGCACUGCAAACAGGCUGCUCUAUAACAAGCAGAAGAUGAACACGCGCCCCAUGAAACGGUGUUUCAAGAGGUAUUCCAGAUCCUCUCUGAAUCGGCAGCAGGAUCUGUCUAAUUGUCCGCCUCCUCCUCAGCUAAAAUUACUUGAUUUCUUACAAAAAAGGAAGGAAAGAAAAGCAGGUCAGCAUUAUGACCUCAAAAUUUCUAAAGCAGGAAAUUGUGUAGAUAUGUGGAAACGGAGUCCCUGUAAUUUGGCCAUACCUUCUGAAGUGGACGUGGAAAAAUACGCCAAAGUGGAAAAGUCUAUCAAAUCUGAUGACUCACAACCAACAGUCUGGCCAGCCCAUGAUAUAAAAGAUGAUUAUGUGUUUGAAUGUGAAGCUGGUAAUCAGUAUCAGAAAACAAAGCUGACCAUUUUGCAGUCACUUGGUGAUCCACUUUACUAUGGUAAAAUACAGCCAUGUAAAGAAGAUGAAGAAAGUGACAGCCAGAUGUCUCCAUCUCACUUCUCCACAGAUGAUCAUUCAAAUUGGUUCAUUAUUGGAUCAAAGACUGAUGCUGAGAGAGUAGUCAAUCAGUACCAGGAAUUGGUCCAGAAUGAAGCCAAAUGUCCAGUGAAGAUGUCACAUAGCUCCAGUGGCUCCGCCAGCUUGAGUCAGCCUUCUCCAGGGAAAGAAGCAGAACAGCCUGAGACCGUGUCAGUUCAGCCUUCAGUACUGGGGAAGGGAGUGAAGCAUAGACCUCCACCCAUCAAACUUCCCUCGGGCUCAGGAAGUAGUUCCUCAGGUAACUAUUUCACACCACAGCAGGCCAGCAGCUUUCUUAAAUCUCCGACUCCUCCUCCUACUUCUAAGCCACCAAGUCUUUCUCGGAAGUCAUCUGUGGACCUCAGUCAAGUGAGCAUGCUCUCUCCAGCUGCCCUGUCACCUGCCAGUUCAUCACAAAGAUCUGGAACUCCUAAGCCAUCUACUCCUACACCAACCCCUUCAUCGACCCCACACCCUCCUGAUGCUCAGAGCUCAACUCCUAUUACCCCUUCAACUGCCCCUACUCCCCAAGAUUCAGGCUUCACCCCUCAGCCCACUUUGUUAACUCAGUUUGCUCAGCAGCAAAAGUCUCUGAGCCAGGCAAUGCCUGUAACGACCAUUCCUCUUUCCACCAUGGUAACAUCUAUAACUACAGGAAGCACGGCCACCCAGGUCAUGGCAAACUCUGCUGGACUUAACUUCAUCAAUGUAGUGGGCUCUGUUUGUGGAGCUCAAGCUUUGAUGAGUGGUUCCAACCCUAUGCUGGGCUGUAACACUGGUGCCAUAACUCCUGCAGGAAUAAACCUGAGUGGCCUUCUACCCUCAGGAGGUCUGUUACCAAGUGCAUUGCCCGGUGCAAUGCAGGCAGCUUCUCAAGCAGGUGUUCCAUUUGGUUUAAAAAAUACUUCAAGUCUCAGGCCCUUAAAUCUACUCCAGCUUCCAGGAGGUUCGCUCAUUUUUAACACUCUGCAGCAGCAGCAGCAGCAGCAGCAGCAGCAGCAGCAGCAGCAGCAGCAGCAGCAGCUCCCUCAGUUUACACAACAGCAGCCUCAGCAACCCACAGCUUCUAGUCCUCAGCAGCCCGGGGAGCAGGCUGCUGAACAAAGUUCAUCUAGUCAAGAACAGGCCUUACCUGCUCAGCACACUGCCGUCAUUAACCUUGCUGGAGUAGGGAGUUUUAUGCAGUCACAGGCAGCUGUGUUGUCUCAGCUUGGCUCUGCCGAGAACAGACCUGAGCAAAGCCUUCCUCAGCAGAGAUUCCAGCUCUCCUCUGCCUUUCAACAGCAGCAGCAACAGAUCCAACAGUUGCGAUUCUUGCAGCAUCAAAUGGCUAUGGCGGCGGCGGCGGCACAAACAGCGCAGCUCCCCCGGCACCGGCACACAGGCAGCCAGUCAAAAAGUAAAGUGAAGAGAGGCGCGCCGACCACUCCGAAAUUCUGAGUCGUGCAUUUUUUUUCCUUUUAAAAACAUUAAGAGCAUUGAAUCAAAAGGGUUCUGAGUUUCUACUUUGUUUUUUUUUUAAAUACCAGUAUUUUACAUUGCUAGAUACACAAACUUUAUACAGAAGCACAACCCUAUGAUUUUUAAAUAAAAACAGGGAAAUGAUUUAACGAACCCUUAGGGUUGGUUUGCCUAAGUCAUUGCUUUUUAAAAAUGGUUUCACUGUACAUAAUGCAGAAGUGACCUAAGAAAUACUAGAAACAUCUUUCAGAAGAAUGUAGUUUGAUAUUUAUUUAGUAUAAAAGGUUUGUGCACAGUGUAACAAAUACAGUUUUUACAAAUCUGUUUUG